CAGGACCAACAUGGGGACUACAGGACUCCAAUUCACAAUAUGGCUCAUCUACCUGAUGCUGCUGGUUGGCUCACUCACUCAGACUGUAACCCUCACUCCCUCUCCAAACACACUGACGCUGAGUUCAGCUAAUGCAUCUCACAUCGGCCGAGUGUGCACGACUUGGGGACACUAUCACUGGAAGACCUUUGAUGGAGAUUUUUUCCAGCUGGCCUCCACCUGCAACCAUGUCCUGGCCUCGCAGUGUAAGGGCAGCUAUGAAAAUUUUAACAUCCAGAUGAGGCGCAAGGUAGUCAACGACAUCCCCACCAUCAGCAGCAUCACAAUGAAGCUGGAAGGGUCUGUGGUAGAGCUGUCCGGCAGCUCAGUGAUUGUCAAUGACAGGACGGUGUCUCUGCCGUUCGUCACAUUUGGGGUGACUGUGAAGGGGACCACGUCUAGUAUCACUGUCGAAGCUAAGAUGGGAAUCAUAGCUAUCUGGAACAGGGAUGACUCACUGGAUAUUGAAAUAGAUGACAAAUACCAGGACCAGACCUGUGGACUGUGUGGAAACUUUGAUGGCACAGCCAAUGAUUUGUUGAAAGACGGAGCUCUGCUGUCUGUGACAGACUAUGCUGAGACCUACAAGGUGAAUGGGCCGACGGAGAGCUGUGAGGAGCCUGAGCUAAAGCCUGUCCUGAGCUGUGGUAACAAGGAAUUCUGUGACCGGAUUUUCUCCAGCGCUCUAUUCAACAGCUGCCAAAUCCUUCUGGACGUGGACUCCUUCAGUAAAGCCUGUAUGGCUGACAUGUGUAACUCUAAAGCCAACGACCAAUUAGUUCUCUGCAAAACUAUCUCAGAGUUCUCCAGACAGUGUGUCCAUGCAGGUGGCAAGCCGCAACAAUGGAGGAACACAACUUUUUGCCACAAGGAGUGUCCAUACAACAUGGAGUUCUUAGAGUGUAGCAAUUCAUGUCCUGACAGCUGCUCCAACCCUCAGGCCAGCCAGACAUGUGACAACCACUGCCAUGAUGGCUGCAGCUGCCCUGCCGGAACGGUCUUUGAUGACAUCGGUAACACUGGCUGUAUUGCACUGAAUGAGUGUCCAUGUCUACACAACAGCAAAGUCUACAAGUCCGGAGAGUCGUACUCAUACAACUGUAGAUCUUGUGUGUGUGAGAGCGGUCAGUGGAAAUGUACAGAGGAGAACUGUCCAGGAACCUGCUCUGUGGAGGGGGGAGCUCACAUCAACACCUUCGAUGGAAAAGUCUACAACUUCCAUGGCGACUGUUCCUACGUUCUGGCUAAGGAAACUAAUGGCUCUUCAUACACUGUGCUGGUGGACCUGGUCAAGUGCGGUCUGGCUGACAGUAGGACCUGCCUCAGAGCUGUAACUGUGGCCUUAUACAGCAAUUCUGUGGUUGUUAAAAUUCAGGCAUCCGGGCAGGUCUAUGUGAACCAGAUUCUUUCUCAGCUUCCACUGUUUACAUCGGAUCUGAGCGCCUUCAAGCCGUCAUCCUUCUACAUCCUCAUAAGUACCAAAGUGGGCAUACAAGUGAUGGUCCAGCUGUCCCCCGUGAUGCAGGUCUUCAUUUCAGCUGACAAUUCACUCAAAGGAACCACCUCUGGUUUGUGUGGGAACUUCAAUAACAUAAUGAGUGAUGACUUCAGAGUGAUCAGUGGGCUGGUGGAGGGUACCAGCACUGCGUUCGCCAACACAUGGAAAACAAGAGCCAGCUGCCCCGACAUCACAGCACGCUUUGGACACCCCUGUAGCCAGGGCAUCAGCAAAGAGAGUUAUGCACAGUACUGGUGCUCCAAACUAAUGGAUCCCAAGGGUGUGUUUGCUCCUUGCCACUCUGUCAUUAGCCCCACAAUGUACAACGACAACUGCAUGUAUGACAGCUGUAACUGUGAGAAAAGCGAGGACUGCAUGUGUGCUGCAGUCUCUUCUUACGUCUACGCCUGUUCAGGGGCAGGAGUCCACCUCAGUGGCUGGAGGGAAACCAUCUGUGGCAAAUUCAGUGCAUCGUGUCUAGCAGAGACAGUGUAUGAGUACAACAUGACCACCUGCAGACGCACCUGCCGAUCCCUGAGCCAGGCUGACUACUCCUGCCAGACCAACUUCCCCACAGUGGACGGCUGUGGCUGUGCUGAGGGAACCUACAUGAAUGAGGAGGGGCAGUGUGUGUCCAGUUCAAGCUGUCCCUGUUACGAUAAGGACACCAUUAUUCCUGCUGGACAGGCUGUCAGUAAAGACGGCACCACAUGUGUCUGCAGACAAGGAGCUCUCAGCUGUUCAGGAGGAACACGGCUACUAUCCUCAUCAUCAUGCGCUGCCCCCAUGGCGUACUUCGACUGCUCCACUGCUCAACCUGGGGCCACUGGGACUGAGUGUCAGAAGAGCUGCAGCACUCUGGACAUGGCUUGCAUCACAACAGGCUGUACGUCAGGCUGCAUGUGCCCUGAUGGCCUGGUGUCAGAUGGAGCAGGAAGCUGCAUCAAUGAGACCAACUGUCCAUGUCUGCACAAUGGACAGGUCUACCAGCCUGGACAGACACUGACUGUGGAAUGCAACACCUGCUACUGCAGUGGAAGGAAGUUCAUAUGCUCGAACAAUGUGUGUGAUGCUGUUUGUGGGAUCUAUGGCGAGGGCCACUACGUCACAUUUGAUGACAAGAGGUUUGACUUCAGUGGACAGUGUGAAUACACACUCCUGCAGGACUACUGUGGUCAGGGCAAUGGAAGCUUCAGAAUUAUCACUGAGAAUGUUCCAUGCGGAACCACGGGAACCACCUGCGCCAAGAGCAUCAAGAUCUUCCUGGAGGAUAAUGAAUUCCAACUUAAAGAUGAGACCUUCCAGGUGGUAAAGGGCAGCAGCCAAGUGCUCCCUGCUCAGGUACACAAGAUGGGUAUUUACCUGGUGAUAACGAUCAAGGCAGGACUUGUUCUCAUGUGGGACCAGAAGACCAGUCUUUUCAUUAAACUCAGCCCCCAGUUCCAGAGCGAAGUCUGCGGUCUAUGUGGAAACUAUGACGGCAACAGUAAGAACGACUUCACCACACGCUCCCAGGAGACAGUGGCAGAUGUGCUAGAAUUUGGUAACAGUUGGAGGGUUUCAUCCAGCUGCCCCAACGCACAACUAAUCAGUGAUCCCUGUGCCUCCAACCGCUACCGCGCAGCCUGGUCCCAGAAACAGUGUAGCAUCAUCACCAGUGUCACCUUCCAGAGCUGUCACUCACAGGUUGACCCUGGUCCCUACUUUGAUUCUUGCGUGAGAGACUCUUGUGCUUGUGACACCGGUGGGGACUGUGAGUGUCUCUGCACUGCUGUAGCUGCCUAUGCCAAAGCUUGUAAUGAAGCUGGGGCCUGCGUUAAAUGGAGAACUCCAAAGCUGUGUCCUGUUUUCUGUGACUACUAUAACUCGCCUGAUGGUUGUGAGUGGCACUAUAAGCCAUGUGGAGCUGCCUGCAUGAAGACAUGUAGAAAUCCAUCAGGAAACUGUUCCAACCUCAUCACUUCCCUGGAAGGCUGCUAUCCACAGUGUCCCCCCACUAAGCCUUACUUUGAUGAAGACACCAUGAAGUGUGUUGCCUGGAACCAGUGUGGCUGCUAUGAUUCCAAAGGAACCCAUUACAGCAUUGGAGAUAAGGUUCCAUCAAAGAACUGUUACACUUGCUCAUGUACAGUUUCUGGAAUAUCGUGUAGCUACAGUGUGAACUCGUGUACAUGCUUCAUUAACGGAAAAACCUACAGUUAUGGGGAAACAAUCUACAACACGACAGAUGGGCUUGGACACUGCAUUACAGCUGAGUGUGGGGAAAAUGGAACUGUAACAAGAAACAUACACCCGUGCUUGACUACCACCACCCCUGGGCCUACAACAACCCCCUUUACAUUCAGCACAGUUCCUGCUAGUACCAAAACCCCUAAAGCACCUUUAAGCACAACUAAGGGAAUAACAACCAAACAAGUCCACACAACAACAUCUGAGGAAACAACAAUCAGUCUUGAAACAACAAAACCACCCACAAUCACCACUGGCCCAGUGACCACCUCUACAACAACUACUGUUGAAACUACAACCUCACUGCCUGGUGUCACAACAAGUUCAGAAACAACAGUGGUGACCUCAAAACCAUCUGUUAGCACCACAACUACUGAGGGACCUUCAACAACCAGUAAAGGAACUACAAAAAAACCAGUAGAAACAACUACAUCAGGAUCAACAACAAUAAAGUCUGAAACAACCAAACCACAGACAGGAGUCACCACAAGUCCAGUGACUACCUCUACCACAGCUCGUGUAGAAACUACGACUGUGGUGCCUGGUGUCACAACAACAAGCUCAGAAACAACAGUUGUAACAUCAAAACCAUCUGUUAGUACAACCACCACUAAAGCACCUUUAAGCACAACUAAGGGAACAACAAGCAAACAAGUCCAGACAACAACAUCUGAGGAAACAACAAUCAGUCUUGAAACAACAAAACCACCCACAAUCACUACUGGCCCAGUGACCACCUCUACAACAACUAUUGCUGAAACUACAACCUCAGUGCCUGGUGUCACAACAAGUUCAGAAACCACAGUGGUGACCUCAAAACCAUCUGUUAGCACCACAACUACUGAGGGACCUUCAACAACCAGUAAAGGAACUACAACAAAACCAGUAGAAACAACUACAUCAGGAUCAACAACAAUAACGUCUGAAACAACCAAACCACAGACAGGAGUCACCACAAGUCCAGUGACUACCUCUACCACAACUCGUGUAGAAACUACGACUGUGGUGCCUGGUGUCACAACAACAAGCUCAGAAACAACAGUUGUAACAUCAAAACCAUCUGUUAGUACAGCCACCACUAAAGCACCUUUAAGCACAACUAAGGGAAUAACAACCAAACAAGUCCAGACAACAACAUCUGAGGAAACAACAAUCAGUCUUGAAACAACAAAACCACCCACAAUCACCACUGGCCCAGUGACCACCUCUACAACAACUGCUGUUGAAACUACAACCUCAGUGCCUGGUGUCACAACAAGUUCAGAAACCACAGUGGUGACCUCAAAACCAUCUGUUAGCACCACAACUACUGAGGGACCUUCAACAACCAGUAAAGGAACUACAACAAAACCAGUAGAAACAACUACAUCAGGAUCAACAACAAUAAAGUCUGAAACAACCAAACCACAGACAGGAGUCACCACAAGUCCAGUGACUACCUCUACCACAACUCGUGUAGAAACUACGACUGUGGUGCCUGGUGUCACAACAACAAGCUCAGAAACAACAGUUGUAACAUCAAAACCAUCUGUUACUACAGCCACCACUAAAGCACCUUUAAGCACAACUAAGGGAACAACAAGCAAACAAGUCCAGACAACAACAUCUGAGGAAACAACAAUCAGUCUUGAAACAACAAAACCACCCACAAUCACCACUGGCCCAGUGACCACCUCUACAACAACUACUGUUGAAACUACAACCUCAGUGCCUGGUGUCACAACAAGUUCAGAAUCCACAGUGGUGACCUCAAAACCAUCUGUUAGCACCACAACUACUGAGGGACCUUCAACAACCAGUAAAGGAACUACAACAAAACCAGUAGAAACAACUACAUCAGGAUCAACAACAAUAAAGUCUGAAACAACCAAACCACAGACAGGAGUCACCACAAGUCCAGUGACUACCUCUACCACAACUCGUGUAGAAACUACGACUGUGGUGCCUGGUGUCACAACAACAAGCUCAGAAACAACAGUUGUAACAUCAAAACCAUCUGUUAGUACAGCCACCACUAAAGCACCUUUAAGCACAACUAAGGGAAUAACAACCAAACAAGUCCACACAACAACAUCUGAGGAAACAACAAUCAGUCUUGAAACAACAAAACCACCCACAAUCACCACUGGCCCAGUGACCACCUCUACAACAACUACUGUUGAAACUACAACCUCAGUGCCUGGUGUCACAACAAGUUCAGAAUCCACAGUGGUGACCUCAAAACCAUCUGUUAGCACCACAACUACUGAGGGACCUUCAACAACCAGUAAAGGAACUACAACAAAACCAGUAGAAACAACUACAUCAGGAUCAACAACAAUAAAGUCUGAAACAACCAAACCACAGACAGGAGUCACCACAAGUCCAGUGACUACCUCUACCACAACUCGUGUAGAAACUACGACUGUGGUGCCUGGUGUCACAACAACAAGCUCAGAAACAACGGUUGUAACAUCAAAACCAUCUGUUACUACAGCCACCACUAAAGCACCUUUAAGCACAACUAAGGGAACAACAAGCAAACAAGUCCAGACAACAACAUCUGAGGAAACAACAAUCAGUCGUGAAACAACAAAACCACCCACAAUCACCACUGGCCCAGUGACCACCUCUACAACAACUAUUGCUGAAACUACAACCUCAGUGCCUGGUGUCACAACAAGCUCAGAAACCACAGUGGUGACCUCAAAACCAUCUGUUAGCACCACAAAUACUGAGGGACCUUCAACAACCAGUAAAGGAACUACAACAAAACCAGUAGAAACAACUACAUCAGGAUCAACAACAAUAACGUCUGAAACAACCAAACCACAGACAGGAGUCACCACAAGUCCAGUGACUACCUCUACCACAACUCGUGUAGAAACUACGACUGUGGUGCCUGGUGUCACAACAACAAGCUCAGAAACAACAGUUGUAACAUCAAAACCAUCUGUUAGUACAGCCACCACUAAAGCACCUUUAAGCACAACUAAGGGAAUAACAACCAAACAAGUCCACACAACAACAUCUGAGGAAACAACAAUCAGUCUUGAAACAACAAAACCACCCACAAUCACCACUGGCCCAGUGACCACCUCUACAACAACUAUUGCUGAAACUACAACCUCAGUGCCUGGUGUCACAACAAGUUCAGAAACCACAGUGGUGACCUCAAAACCAUCUGUUAGCACCACAACUACUGAGGGACCUUCAACAACCAGUAAAGGAACUACAACAAAACCAGUAGAAACAACUACAUCAGGAUCAACAACAAUAAAGUCUGAAACAACCAAACCACAGACAGGAGUCACCACAAGUCCAGUGACUACCUCUACCACAGCUCGUGUAGAAACUACGACUGUGGUGCCUGGUGUCACAACAACAAGCUCAGAAACAACAGUUGUAACAUCAAAACCAUCUGUUAGUACAGCCACCACUAAAGCACCUUUAAGCACAACUAAGGGAACAACAAGCAAACAAGUCCAGACAACAACAUCUGAGGAAACAACAAUCAGUCUUGAAACAACAAAACCACCCACAAUCACCACUGGCCCAGUGACCACCUCUACAACAACUACUGUUGAAACUACAACCUCAGUGCCUGGUGUCACAACAAGUUCAGAAACCACAGUGGUGACCUCAAAACCAUCUGUUAGCACCACAACUACUGAGGGACCUUCAACAACCAGUAAAGGAACUACAACAAAACCAGUAGAAACAACUACAUCAGGAUCAACAACAAUAAAGUCUGAAACAACCAAACCACAGACAGGAGUCACCACAAGUCCAGUGACUACCUCUACCACAACUCGUGUAGAAACUACGACUGUGGUGUCUGGUGUCACAACAACAAGCUCAGAAACAACAGUUGUAACAUCAAAACCAUCUGUUAGUACAGCCACCACUAAAGCACCUUUAAGCACAACUAAGGGAACAACAAGCAAACAAGUCCAGACAACAACAUCUGAGGAAACAACAAUCAGUCUUGAAACAACAAAACCACCCACAAUCACCACUGGCCCAGUGACCACCUCUACAACAACUAUUGCUGAAACUACAACCUCAGUGCCUGGUGUCACAACAAGUUCAGAAACCACAGUGGUGACCUCAAAACCAUCUGUUAGCACCACAACUACUGAGGGACCUUCAACAACCAGUAAAGGAACUACAACAAAACCAGUAGAAACAACUACAUCAGGAUCAACAACAAUAAAGUCUGAAACAACCAAACCACAUACAGGAGUCACCACAAGCCCAGUGACUACCUCUACCACAACUCGUGUAGAAACUACGACUGUAGUGCCUGGUGUCACAACAACAAGCUCAGAAACAACAGUUGUAACCUCAAAACCAUCUGUUAGUACAGCCACCACUAAAGCACCUUUAAGCACAACUAAGGGAACAACAAGCAAACAAGUCCAGACAACAACAUCUGAGGAAACAACAAUCAGUCUUGAAACAACAAAACCACCCACAAUCACCACUAGCCCAGUGACCACCUCUAAAACAACUACUGUUGAAACUACAACCUCAGUGCCUGGUGUCACAACAAGUUCAGAAACCACAGUGGUGACCUCAAAACCAUCUGUUAGCACCACAACUACUGAGGGACCUUCAACAACCAGUAAAGGAACUACAACAAAACCAGUAGAAACAACUACAUCAGGAUCAUCAACAAUAACGUCUGAAACAACAAAACCACAUACAGGAGUCACCACAAGCCCAGUGACUACCUCUACCACAACUCGUGUAGAAACUACGACUGUAGUGCCUGGUGUCACAACAACAAGCUCAGAAACAACAGUUGUAACAUCAAAACCAUCUGUUAGUACAGCCACCACUAAAGCACCUUUAAGCACAACGAAGGGAACAACAAGCAAACAAGUCCAGACAACAACAUCUGAGGAAACAACAAUCAGUCUUGAAACAACAAAACCACCCACAAUCAGUCUUGAAACAACAAAACCACCCACAAUCACCACUGGCCCAGUGACCACCUCUACAACAACUAUUGCUGAAACUACAACCUCAGUGCCUGGUGUCACAACAAGUUCAGAAACCACAGUGGUGACCUCAAAACCAUCUGUUAGCACCACAACUACUGAGGGACCUUCAACAACCAGUAAAGGAACUACAACAAAACCAGUAGAAACAACUACAUCAGGAUCAACAACAAUAAAGUCUGAAACAACCAAACCACAUACAGGAGUCACCACAAGCCCAGUGACUACCUCUACCACAACUCGUGUAGAAACUACGACUGUGGUGCCUGGUGUCACAACAAUAAGCUCAGAAACAACAGUUGUAACCUCAAAACCAUCUGUUAGUACAGCCACCACUAAAGCACCUUUAAGCACAACUAAGGGAAUAACAACCAAACAAGUCCACACAACAACAUCUGAGGAAACAACAAUCAGUCUUGAAACAACAAAACCACCCACAAUCAGUCUUGAAACAACAAAACCACCCACAAUCACCACUGGCCCAGUGACCACCUCUACAACAACUAUUGCUGAAACUACAACCUCAGUGCCUGGUGUCACAACAAGUUCAGAAACCACAGUGGUGACCUCAAAACCAUCUGUUAGCACCACAACUACUGAGGGACCUUCAACAACCAGUAAAGGAACUACAACAAAACCAGUAGAAACAACUACAUCAGGAUCAACAACAAUAACAUCUGAAACAACAAAACCACAUACAGGAGUCACCACAAGCCCAGUGACUUCCUCUACAACAACUAUUGCUGAAACUACAACCUCAGUGCCUGGUGUCACAACAAGUUCAGAAACCACAGUGGUGACCUCAAAACCAUCUGUUAGCACCACAACUACUGAGGGACCUUCAACAACCAGUAAAGGAACUACAACAAAACCAGUAGAAACAACUACAUCAGGAUCAACAACAAUAACAUCUGAAACAACAAAACCACAUACAGGAGUCACCACAAGUCCAGUGACUACCUCUACCACAACUCGUGUAGAAACUACGACUGUGGUGCCUGGUGUCACAACAACAAGCUCAGAAACAACAGUUGUAACAUCAAAACCAUCUGUUAGUGCAGCCACCACUAAAGCACCUUUAAGCACAACUAAGGGAACAACAAGCAAACAAGUCCAGACAACAACAUCUGAGGAAACAACAAUCAGUCUUGAAACAACAAAACCACCCACAAUCACCACUGGCCCAGUGACCACCUCUACAACAACUACUGUUGAAACUACAACCUCAGUGCCUGGUGUCACAACAAGUUCAGAAACCACAGUGGUGACCUCAAAACCAUCUGUUAGCACCACAACUACUGAGGGACCUUCAACAACCAGUAAAGGAACUACAACAAAACCAGUAGAAACAACUACAUCAGGAUCAACAACAAUAACAUCUGAAACAACAAAACCACAUACAGGAGUCACCACAAGCCCAGUGACUACCUCUACCACAACUCGUGUAGAAACUACGACUGUGGUGCCUGGUGUCACAACAACAAGCUCAGAAACAACAGUUGUAACCUCAAAACCAUCUGUUAGUACAGCCACCACUAAAGCACCUUUAAGCACAGUUAAGGGAAUAACAACCAAACAAGUCCACACAACAACAUCUGAGGAAACAACAAUCAGUCUUGAAACAACAAAACCACCCACAAUCACCACUGGCCCAGUGACCACCUCUACAACAACUACUGUUGAAACUACAACCUCAGUGCCUGGUGUCACAACAAGUUCAGAAACCACAGUGGUGACCUCAAAACCAUCUGUUAGCACCACAACUACUGAGGGACCUUCAACAACCAGUAAAGGAACUACAACAAAACCAGUAGAAACAACUACAUCAGGAUCAACAACAAUAACAUCUGAAACAACAAAACCACAUACAGGAGUCACCACAAGCCCAGUGACUACCUCUACCACAACUCGUGUAGAAACUACGACUGUGGUGCCUGGUGUCACAACAACAAGCUCAGAAACAACAGUUGUAACCUCAAAACCAUCUGUUAGUACAGCCACCACUAAAGCACCUUUAAGCACAGUUAAGGGAAUAACAACCAAACAAGUCCACACAACAACAUCUGAGGAAACAACAAUCAGUCUUGAAACAACAAAACCACCCACAAUCACCACUGGCCCAGUGACCACCUCUACAACAACUAUUGCUAAAACUACAACCUCAGUGCCUGGUGUCACAACAAGUUCAGAAACCACAUUGGUGACCUCAAAACCAUCUGUUAGCACCACAACUACUGAGGGACCUUCAACAACUAGUAAAGGAACUACAACAAAACCAGUAGAAACAACUACAUCAGGAUCAACAACAAUAACAUCUGAAACAACAAAACCACAUACAGGAGUCACCACAAGCCCAGUGACUUCCUCUACCACAACUCGUGUAGAAACUACGACUUUGGUGCCUGGUGUCACAACAACAAGCUCAGAAACAACAGUUGUAACAUCAAAACCAUCUGUUAGUACAGCCACCACUAAAGCACCUUUAAGCACAACUAAGGAAACAACAAGCAAACAAGUGCAGACAACAACAUCUGAGGAAACAACAAUCAGUCUUGAAACAACAAAACCACCCACAAUCACCACUGGCCCAGUGACCAUCUCUACAACAACUACUGCUGAAACUACAACCUCAGUGCCUGGUGUCACAACAAGUUCAGAAACCACAUUGGUGACCUCAAAACCAUCUGUUAGCACCACAACUACUGAGGGACCUUCAACAACUAGUAAAGGAACUACAACAAAACCAGUAGAAACAACUACAUCAGGAUCAACAACAAUAACAUCUGAAACAACAAAACCACAUACAGGAGUCACCACAAGCCCAGUGACUUCCUCUACAACAACUAUUGCUGAAACUACAACCUCAGUGCCUGGUGUCACAACAAGUUCAGAAACCACAGUGGUGACCUCAAAACCAUCUGUUAGCACCACAACUACUGAGGGACCUUCAACAACCAGUAAAGGAACUACAACAAAACCAGUAGAAACAACUACAUCAGGAUCAACAACAAUAACAUCUGAAACAACAAAACCACAUACAGGAGUCACCACAAGUCCAGUGACUACCUCUACCACAACUCGUGUAGAAACUACGACUGUGGUGCCUGGUGUCACAACAACAAGCUCAGAAACAACAGUUGUAACAUCAAAACCAUCUGUUAGUACAGCCACCACUAAAGCACCUUUAAGCACAACUAAGGGAAUAACAACCAAACAAGUCCACACAACAACAUCUGAGGAAACAACAAUCAGUCUUGAAACAACAAAACCACCCACAAUCACCACUGGCCCAGUGACCACCUCUACAACAACUAUUGCUGAAACUACAACCUCAGUGCCUGGUGUCACAACAAGUUCAGAAACCACAUUGGUGACCUCAAAACCAUCUGUUAGCACCACAACUACUGAGGGACCUUCAACAACUAGUAAAGGAACUACAACAAAACCAGUAGAAACAACUACAUCAGGAUCAACAACAAUAACAUCUGAAACAACAAAACCACCCACAAUCAGUCUUGAAACAACAAAACCAGUAGAAACAACUACAUCAGGAUCAACAACAAUAACGUCUGAAACAACCAAACCACAGACAGGAGUCACCACAAGCCCAGUGACUUCCUCUACAACAACUAUUGCUGAAACUACAACCUCAGUGCCUGGUGUCACAACAACCUCAGAAACAACAGUUGUAACAUCAAAACCAUCUGUUAGUACAGCCACCACUAAAGCACCUUUAAGCACAACUAAGGAAACAACAAGCAAACAAGUCCAGACAACAACAUCUGAGGAAACAACAAUCAGUCUUGAAACAACAAAACCACCCACAAUCACCACUGGCCCAGUGACCACCUCUACAACAACUGCUGUUGAAACUACAACCUCAGUGCCUGGUGUCACAACAAGUUCAGAAACAACAGUGGUGACCUCAAAACCAUCUGUUAGCACCACAACUACUGAGGGACCUUCAACAACCAGUAAAGGAAAAACAACCAAACAAGUCCACACAACAACAUCUGAGGAAACAACGAAACUAAGAGAAACUACGACUGUGGUGCCUGGUGUCACAACAACCUCAGAAACAACAAUUGUAAUCACAGCAUCACCACAAUCAUCAACUGUAUAUUCAACACGUAAUGUUAAAGUACCAACUACUGUUACUUCAAGUGUAACUACAGGAACAACAGUCAAAGCUUCAACUUCAAUUGGCCCAAUAACACAGACACUUCCACCAAGCACAGCUAUUUACACAACUGGUUCAACCACUGCUCCAUCAACAAGCACCACAGUUCUUUCAACUCUUUCACAGUUCACCACAUCUCCAACAUUAUGUGCCUGUAUUAUGAAUGGAACUUCACAUCGUCCUGGCGACAUGGUUUACAAUGUCACUGAUGGCUUAGGGUGGUGUUACAUUGCAUAUUGCAAUGCAUCUUGUAAUAUUGUGGUAGAGCCCAGACUAUGUACCACAACACCAAUACCCAGCACAACCGCCCAUUCUACUACUACAGUGCUCAGCACCUCUACAAAGGCCACAAUUUCAAGCUCAGCUCCUCCCUCCACAACUGUUCCUACUUCUUCUCACAUUCCAUCAACAACCCCAUCAACAACAACCCUGGACUGCAAUGAUGUGGAUCCACCAAGAAAGAAUGGAGAAACCUGGAAGGUUCACAACUGUACCACAGCUGUGUGCACUAAUGGCAAGGUCACGGAGACACAGGCUCCCUGUCCCACAGUGGAACAACCGAUCUGUGCCAAUGGACGCAAAGCUGUCAAGAUUGAUGACGAAUGCUGCUUCCACUACGAAUGUGAAUGUGUGUGCACCGGUUGGAGCAGAGCCCACUUCGUGACAUUUGAUGGAAAAUCAUACAGUUUCGACGAGAACUGCACUUACUACCUGGUCAAAGAGAUAAUUACUAAAUAUAACUUGACUAUUAUCUUAAAAAAACAAGACUGUGAUCCUUCGGACAGCACAUUCUGCCCCCAGUCUCUCUUUGUUACAUACCAAUCCUACAAGGUCGUUUUGACUCAGUUGAAGACUUCAGAAACAAUAACUAAUGCGGUGUACGUGAAUCAGAAACGUAUCUAUCCCGCCUACAGCAAUUCCGUCCUGCGCCUCACUAGCACAGAUAUGGUGAUCACACUGGAGAUACCAGCGAUCAGCACAAAAGUGAUCGUCAAGGGCAACUCAUUCAGCAUUGACAUCCCCUAUUCCCUCUUUGAGGGGAACACUGAGGGACAGUGUGGAACCUGUGACAACUCGAAGAACAACGACUGCCGUUCUCCCAAUGGCCAGGUGGAGAGCUGCUCAGACUCUGCAGGCCAGUGGCAAGUCCCUGGCACAUCCUGUGUCACCCCCACAACUCCACCAACUAUGACUACAUCAACCAGCAGGACCACCACAAUACAAGCAACAACAUCUUCUUGCGAUCCUGCCAUCUGCCAUCUUCUAACCAGCAGUGUAUUUGAACCGUGCAACAAAGUCAUAUCACCAGGACCAUUUGUGACGUCUUGUGUUUACGACAAUUGCAAAAGUGACAAUAACAGCUGCUCCAGCCUGGAGGCCUAUGCCACUGAGUGCGCUAAUGAAGGAAUCUGUAUCGACUGGAGGAACGCUACUAAUGGACAGUGUGAGCACAAGUGUCCGAGCAACAAAGUGUACAUGGUCUGUGGCCCCACUGUGGAGCCUACAUGCAACAACGGAUACAACAAGAAGUUCCAGGCUGAUGGCAACACAUCCACUAACUACACUAAGGAGGGCUGCUUCUGUCCUCAUGGCACCACCUUAUUCAACACUGUCCAUGACGAAUGUGUUACCUCCUGCGAUUGUGUUGGACCUGAUGGAAAACCAAAACAGCCUAAUGAGACGUGGAAAAGUGGCUGCAACAACUGUGUGUGUGACGAGGACUCCAUGAGCAUCCAGUGUGAGCCCAUCAAGUGCUCCACGGCACAGAGCCCCAGCUGCAGCGAGCCUGGCCAGCAGCUGGUCAACAAGACAGACGACUGCUGCACAACACAGUCAUGUGAAUGUAACGUGAACCUGUGCCCUGCUGUCAUCACCUGCCCACUGGGCUUCAGACUCAACACCACCAAAGGCACUUGCUGCCAGUCCUAUGAGUGCGUUCCUAAAGGUGUGUGUGUCUAUGACAUGAAGGAAUACAAGCCUGGUGCCAAGAUACCAACACCACAAACACCAUCAGAACCUCCACUGGCAUCACCAUCAAAAUCACCAUCAGAAGCAUCAUCAGGAACAGGACAAUCAUCAGGAACAACAGCAGCAUCAUCAGGAACAGGACAAUCAUCAGGAACAGGACAAUCAUCAGGAACAACAGCAGCAUCAUCAGGAAGAGGACAAUCAUCAGGAACAGGACAAUCAUCAAGAACAGGACAAUCAUCAGGAACAGGACAAUCAUCAGGAACAACAGCACCAUCAUCAGGAACAGGACAAUCAUCAAGAACAGGACAAUCAUCAGGAACAGGACAAUCAUCAGGAACAACAGCAGCAUCAUCAGGAGAGGAAGCCAAACAGGAAACUACAUCACAAGGGUCGUCUGACCCCGGGCCCUGCCAGGACUGUUACUGUGGCCCCGAGGUGGAUCCCACCACAAAGCUGAACAUCAUUAACUGCAAACCUCUUGUCUGCAACACAACCUGCUCAAAAGGUUAUGAAUAUCAGACUUCACAUGACAAGUGCUGCGGGACCUGUGUUCAGAAGAGCUGUAUUUUCACCACACCUGACAACACCACGCAAGUCAUUGAGGUCAACAACACUUUUGUACCCUCUGAUGACAAGUGUGUGGUAUAUACCUGUGAGGAUAUCAAUGGACAGCCUGUUACCAAGGAAACCAAGAGCAAUUGUCCUCCCUUUAACCCCUUGGACUGCGAACCUGGCACCGAGACAACCGACGCUAAUGGAUGUUGCAAAUCCUGUAAGAUCCGGAGUGUGUGUGAGGUCCAGAGCGAGCCGACAGUCAUCGAGGUGAACGGCUGUAAGAGCGCGCAGCCGGUCAACAUGACGUCCUGCUCCGGACACUGUGGAAGCUCGUCCAUAUAUUCAGCAGCAGCUAACAAGUUCAUGCACCAGUGUGAGUGUUGCCAGGAGACCUCCACCAGUCAGAAGCAGGUGGAGCUGGUCUGCGCCGACGGCUCCAAGGCGCAGCACAGCUACAUGGUGGUGAAUGCGUGCAGCUGCAGCAAAUCAGAGUGUGCGACGUCCAAACCACAACGCCGCAGGAGACGCUGAUGAGUCACUGACCGAUUGAACCUGGACUGAUUUAAGCCUCGUAAACACUAUGACUUAACCUUCCAGCUUCUUCUUCUUUGUGUCAGGUUUUAUUAUUUAUAGCCCAACAUGUGCUCUUCUUCUUCACUGUCACAACGUGUUACUGUGAUGUAAACUUUCUUCAUAUUAGGAUUUCUUGGAUGAUAAUUAUUAAAAUUAUACUUCUGCAACAUGAA